AAGAAAUUGAGAAAUCUUCUGAGUGAAUUACAAAAAGGAAGUCUCCUGUAGAAGAUUUGUUAUGUUAUUUUUGUUUCUUUUACAUUAAAGCUUCAUUAUUUACGUUAAAAUUAAGGAAAAUGUUUAGUUUUCCUGGAUUUUAAUUAGAUAAUUCAGCAAAUAUUCUAGAUAAAACACCUUAUGUCAAAUAAAUAUGUAAAUAAAUAAAUAAAUAAAUUUUUCGUGUUUUUUUGUAUUAUUCUACGUCAUGAAAUAGCCUACAAUGUGUUGAGAAGUAAACUCAUUUGAUGCAUUUCUUUUCAACAGGCAAACGAGGCAGGUAGCAGCAACGGAAUGGAGUUGUUGGGAGCGAAGAGAUGCUUUGAGAAUUUGAAAAAAGAUGGCAUAGUUAUAAAGAAAUUUGUAUCUGAUCGCCAUUUAGGAAUAGCGAAAUGGAUACGUGAAACACAGAAAGAAACAACCCAUCUGUAUGAUAUUUGGCAUGUUGCAAAGUCUGUGUGUAAAAAGGUUUUAGCAGCAAGCACAAGCAAAAUGGAUUCGAAGUUUUAGGAAAAUGGAUAAAAAGCAUGCGUCGUCACAUCUACUGGUGUUGUACUUCAACCAAAGAAGGAUUUGGAGAGCUAGUAGUUGCAAAAUGGAAGUAUUUUUUCUACCAUAAAGGGCACCCCAACGAAUUAUCCACCAAAUGUUCUCAUGGAGAACUUGGCAAAAGGAAAUGGAUCAAAAUUGGUUCAGAACCUUAUGACAAACUAUGUGCCAUUGGUUUGCAUGGAACCUUACUUGGUGAUAUGUCUAGGUUGUCACCUGAUGUGCAAACAAGCAGUCUGGAAGGCUUUCACUCAUUACUAAAUUACUGGCAUCCAAAAAUGAUUGCGUAUUCAUACCUUGGAACAGUGUGUAGGACAAUUCUAGCCAUACUGCAUUUUAAUGAAAAUGUCAAGAGGGAGAAAAGAAGAACAAAACAGGGAGAGGUUUCAUACCACAUCACAUACCCCAAAUUCAAACUUGGAGAUGAGGUUGUUAGAGCAAUAGCAGUCCCUCCAACAUAUGGAUAUGUUGAGGAGAUGAGAGGCAUCCUUUUUUCGUUAUCAAAAGAGGAUAUUGAAGCAAUGGCCACUAGAAUGGCAGAGUAUACAGCAAAAGUCCCAGAGCCCCUGAACAGAAAGUUUACUGAGAAAAACUCACGUGAAGAGGCAAUUGCUAAAUGGAACGCAAGGAAAGUCAUGCAAACAGAUUUGUUUCCCCCAUGUAAGUUUUGCCACUAUAGCUACUGAUACCUUUCAGAAUGUCAGAUAUUUCUUACAAAAUGUUUGUCUGGUUGACCAUAUUUAGGAUCACUUUUUUUCAUGCCACAAAAGCCUGAUCACAAUUUUUAUAGUAGACAUUCAAGAAGACUAUGGAGAUAUGUAAUGGACCUUUCCAGAAAUUAUGCCCAACUUCUUUUUUCUGAUGUUUUUCUGAUAUUUUUUGCUAGACAGUCAAACUUGUGCAAGUCAGACUUUCAUAAUUUGUAAAUAGCUUUGAAAAAAGCAAACAUUUAGUAAACUAAAGCUUUUCGUCUGACACUCUUUAGAGUUUAAAACGUCAGAACAUAGAUCGAAAACUCUACGCUAAGAAAUAUAUAUACCCAGUUGUGGAUCAAAAUAGGCCAAUCAGAAACACGAGCACAUGACUGUAAAGGUUGACCAAUCAGUGCCGCUUGCCCAUUAGAAUGUUACCAAUGGAGUCCUAAGGUGAAAACGAACUCCUUUUGUCUACACAGUAGCGUCUUUCUUCUUUCUGUAACUUUUACCAUCUCUGCACUUCAACAGUGGUGCUACUUGUUUUAAAACAGUUGUGUUUGUAAGUGCCACAAAGUCAUCAUGCUGAGUGACACAUUUGAUCCUGUCAAUGCUCCCAUCAAAAGUGAGUUUUCCAUGGGCUGAUAAAAUUUCCCAACAGCAGCGAUACUCUCUAGAUCCUGCCAAUUCUGCAAUGGAACACUUAUGGCACAUGCACCUGUAACACAACGUAACAUAUAUCAAAUAAGAUUGUGAAAGAUGAAAGUAAAUCCAAAUUCCAAUGGUAUCAAACAGCACCGGAUCAUUACCCAUUGUGAUCACAGAGUUAUUUGAAAAUGAUGCACUUUGCAAAUAAAUUAAGCAUGUGGAACAAUUGCCAUCAUAGUUGCCUAUGAAAGGCAUAGGCUGUUUCUUUGGUCUAAAGCCUAUUAUUUCUGGCAAAUAAGGCAAGGACCUACCACAACAAUGGCCAAAAUACAUAUGUAGAGGCAAGAAUCACAAAAUUGUACCACUUUUAGCCAUUGUGAUUCUGAUUUCUACCCCCACUCCCCGUUUGCAAUGUCAAAAUAUCAGUUUGUCUCUACUAUAAAAGUGACACUUUUGAUGUCUUGCUAGACAGGUAUCCAUGGCAUGGGCCUAAUAAAAUCCAAAUAAUUAUCGGUCAAACCCACACCUAUUUAUUGUCGAGCGGCCUAGGCUUAGCACAAAUAUGUUUUGAUAGCAGGUUAUCUUAAAAACUGGUUAAUCAGUCCGCUAAAGCUUUCAGUUAAAGCUAGAGGAUACUCACCAGUUCUCAACAGGCUCUCUUCUAAGAAAUCUUGCUUCUAACGAUGCUAGCGUUAGACCAUCUUUGUCGCCCUCUCAUGCAAGGGGCGCUCCUUCACCAUACAUAUCAUCGUCAUCAUCAGAUGACAAAGGGUCGUCGAUGUAUGGCUCUAUGUUUGUUGAGAUCACGCCUAAGUCCUCAUGAUCAGAUAAAGAAAGGCUUCUCCCGCUUGACCUUGAAGAACUUCCUUGCUCGUUAGACAUUAUAUAGUGUAUUUAUGAAAUGUUUUCCUCUGCCAAACCUGCUUGAAAUCGCGUGUUGACAAUGCCUGUUUCUCUGCAUCAACUGUGUGACUCAACCCGGCGACUUCAAACAUUGCCACUCGCCCCAAACCCUUGUCAUCCGACCUCUCCCAUUUCGAACCCCCAAAAAAGCAGCUUCCCGCCCCCAAAUACAAAUUUAAACUUUCAUACCAUUAUUUAACAAGAAUAGUCUCUUCAAAUUAAACUUGAUAAGGGGGUGAUUUUCCUCAUUGCGUUGGCACUUUAACAUUUUAUGUUGCAUAUACGAAAUCAUUCAAAUUAUUCACUGAGACUCUAAGGCUAAUAGAAAUUAUUCAUUCUGGGAAAAUCAAUAGCAUGAUCAAGGGUCAAUUUAAAAAACUUCCCGAUCAACCCAGGACAGCAAAGACUUGUCGGCGCCUUUGAAGAAAUUGCAUCAAAGACUUUUCCAUUUGAUCGGUGGUCAAAUGAAAAAUCUAUGACGUUCAAUUAGCAGUCAAUUAUCGUGUAAACCGGCCUUUAAACAGUAGGUGCGUUUUCCGGUGGCAAAUCUUGCAUUCCCUUGGGAUUAUUACUUCCCCCAUAUCAUCAUAUGGUGCCACCACUCUUUUCCAUAGUCUAUUUCAAAUGUAUGCAGCAAAAAACUUUUCAUUGUUCAAAAUCAAAAACAUUUCAUCUAAACUGUAAAGUGCAUGUUUCAAUUUGAACUCACUUCACUCUGCUGGCAGAUGAGUUUGUUUUCCUUUGUCUGUUUUUUCGUGGAUCCGCUUUUUCAAUACAUACUGGUUCACUUCCAUCAGAAAGAACAUCAUUGUGUCAUCAUCAUAAUCAUCAUCAUCAUCAUCAUCAUCAUCAUCAAGAUUUACUUUGUU